UGUACACGGACCCAACAAGAAAAAGGGCAGUCGCGGUUCAGGCUUUAAUCGUUACACAAACAAAACGACAUUGUCGUUGUCGUGCUUGAUCGAACGACGCCUCGAUGAAACUUUAUUUACUAUUACUUUGUUAUUGUUUGUUAAAAAAUGAAACUAUGAAUAUCUACGUAUAAAUCAAUGUAACCGUGUCUUGUCAGUGUGUAAAAGUACAACUUCGAAAAUUUGUUUCGGCGUAGGUCCAAAAUGGCUCCUACCGGUGCUGGCAGUGCUCCACCUAAAAAGGUGUGGGACCUGACUGUCAUUCUUUGUACCAUUGGUUUUAUCGUAUUUGGUGUUGUCAUCCAGUUCAGUGCCUUUGGUGUGUAUAAUAUCGCGACGGUUCCGGGACCUAUCGGCCCAGACGGACGUCCAGAAACGCAACGAUAUGGGGCGUGGAUGAUCGUCGCUGCUCUAGCGAUGUUUUCGGAGGGAAGUUAUGAACUGAAAUAGUGCUGCUUCGGAAGAUCUAUAUAUUAGUGUUUGUGAUCGUGAUUCGUUUCUUGACCGUGUUAGUAGCUGCUGGCUCAAUCUGUAAGUAUCAUCUAGAAGCUGUAGAUGAUAGCUAAAAACUCCUGACUUCUAAUCUGCUCUCCUCUGGCAGUACCCAUUAAGCAUGUGGGCGUGCCAGGGCUGUUCAUCAAAGUCAAAGGAUUUAUCAUCCGGGAAUGCCAAGGUAGUUGCAGAGACCAAUGGAGGAGGUGAGACUUUUGAGAAUAAUACGCUGGAUAAAGCCGGCAAGAACAAGGAAAACAAGAAUGGAGAUACUAUUGUUGAGGAAGAGUCCCUUCUUUUAGAAGCCAAUGACGCUAAUGCAGUGGAAAAGACAUUACUUCAGCAUAAGGAUGGAACGAAGAAGAAACUACACUUGAAGAAGGCAUCAAGGGAAGCGGAAAGUUCGGAGGAGGAAGAGGGCCUCGUUCAAAAGGACAAAUUGGAGAUAGAAGAUCCUGCAGAUGCAGAUGACAUAGAGGAAGUGGAGGAAUCGGAAAAACCCCGGUCGCCGUGGAGUAGAGCUCUGUUUAUGUUCAUGAUUUCAGGGGCAUUUGACUUUAUCGGAUGCAUAGGUACCCUGACGUCAAGCACCGCAAUCGACCCAAAUGUCAACCAAAUGUGCCGCGGAACGAGGAUAGCGUAAGAAUACAGAUCACCAGACUUGUUCUUACUGUUUUCGCAACUACUUCAUGUUCUAGUUGAACUUCAAUCGAAAAUCUAUUCAGGCAUUCCAUUCGAUUUCGCGAAAAUGCAAAACAUGUUACCGGAAGUCCUUAAGAAUAUGAGAAGUUUUUUGUUGCUAUUCUCCCCUCUUCGCAAAGACCUCGUCUGCUUCCAUUUCAACAUUACAGGUUCAUCGGAAUUCUGGGUUGGGUGUUUCUCGGAAAGAGGUUGACGCGCAAUCAGUUUAUCGGUAUGGGAUUUGCGCUUGUAGGGAUCGUAGCGCUCAGCCUCGGGUGUAUCGUCUGGCCGAAUCCACACAAGCCUCCGCCGACGAUGACACGGGGCCUUGCUGAGAUUAAGAGUUUCCACAUUGUAUCGUGCAAUAACAUCCCACUGACUCUUUUCCUACUAAGAAGAGAUACCAGCGAAGUUCUCAAGAAUGCAAUGUCCAUAUCUCUAACGAGAGGAUGGGCCUCAAAAAAUCCGCAAUCGGAAUCAUCCUCGCGAUAGCUGGAAACUUUUUUGGUAGCAUCCAAUUCGUCAUCCAGGCGGAGUUUCUCCAACGGCAAAAGCAUGUUCCUGUUAUCCUAGCGGUUGGCAUGGAGGGAUUCACUGGCUUCCUAUGUUUCGCAGGCCUGUUGCUGCCUGUCUUGUUCAUUUUUGGUCAAUCCGGAACCAGGCUUGUAGAGGACGGCGCUAACAGCGUGCCACAAGUCGCAGGGCCCGGGAUUAGUAUUAAGGCUGGCUUCAUUUUCAAUACCAUGUUGGUAUCAAACCUGCAUCCUUCUUGUGUGAAGAGCAAUGCAUAGAAGCGCAGUGCGCUCUUCGAUAAAUCCUUCGCUUCCAAGAGAAGAAUCACCCUGGCCAGGACAUACUCUCUAAGAUUGACACAACCGAUUCGCCAACGACAGCAAGUCUAUCUGCCAAUAGAAUAAACUCUUCGUUCCUCGAAAGCCAGACAGUCUCAGCCUCUCGGAGUUCGGCCUGUGGUACAGAUGGACUGUUAUGAGCGGGAAUACUUUACCGCAUAUGAUUAUAAUACAGUACAGUUUAUAGACGGUGGGAAGGUGGGCGACGCUGGUCCGCUGGGCGGCCACGCUUGGCACGGUGGGCGGACCCUUGGCACACAUGGGGGACACGCUGGGCGCGUAUAGCGUUGCCCCGCUGCUUCCGCCAUUGUACAAGGCCGCAGUCGAGGGCGGCGCGGCGCUGUGCUCUUUUGCGGAGUGGCCACGCUCUCGCUGCUUGCGGUGCUUCGCUGCUGUAUGCAGUGCCGUCUGGGUGUGUAGAGUGCGGCGCAGCGCUGCAGCGUGCCUCAGUGCUCUGCUGCAAUGUGCGGCCAGUGCUGCUGAGGGAUAUCCCCAGGCGGGCCAGUAGGUGGGCGCCCCGAUUCGUAUGCAGCUUGCUGCGGAUCCAGGGCGCGCGCGCAUACUCUGCCGGGUGGCUUCAGAAAUGGGCGCCUGAAGGGCGCCCUGAUUUUUGGCCCCAAGUCUCACGGUGGGCGACAUCUUUCGCAGAAGGCCCACUUUUGGGCGGCCCAGCGUGCCAAGCGUGCCCACCGAUCCUGGAGAGGGAAUAAAGCUGCCUAAUAUCUGCCUAUUUAUAUUGUAGUCGAUUGCCCACGCCUCAACCUCAAGGUAAUGCCAAGAAUACGAAUAGUUAUAGUUCUUAUAGAAAUAGUUCCUACAGUGCAGCAUGGCUCGUGGAUAAUGGCGACCAGGAGCGAAGCAGGCACACACUUCGAGCGUGGGGCGGCCCCGGUCGCAGCGCUGACGGGGCCAGGAACGUUCAGCCCCGAUCUGCUCAGCAAGAGGGAGGCAAAAGCAAAACCUUCGCCGUUUUCACUUAGAUGCAGCUGCGCGGCGUGAAAGCGGCCAGGGCGGACCCCGUCCGCACUUCUCAGAGGAAACGGGGCGCGUAUUAUCCUAUGGCCGCCCCAGAACUGCCAAACUGCUUAGCUUCGUGCUUGCUAGACGUGUCGCGUCACGGGUAAAGGACUUUAGUCAUUGAAGAGAUGGCGACAGCCGCGCCUCGAGAGUUUCUGCGGGUGUAGGGCUACAAAAUGCCGCGACUUACGUCUGCCGCGGCGGCAGCGGUUGCUCAGCGAAGUACUUGAGCGCGCGAAGCGCGUGCAGCUUGAUGCGGCUGCUUCGUCCUCUUGGUCCUGAGCUGGAAGGAAAAGCGCGGCCCUUUGAGAGGUGGUUAGACGCACACGCUGGCGCCUGCGUGGGUGCUUCCGCAUGUCUUCAGCCAGCUGCUACGCAUUGGCACCCCAGUCAUGCGUGGAAGACUGUGAGGACGUUAGGAGGCCAAGGACGCAGCCCCCUACUAUUGGCGUGGCGGUCGUGUGAUCAUGAUGAACCGCCUGAGGAGCUUCGGGCGGCACCCUAUUGCGCGGACGGUGUCACGCAGUGAAACCCCGACCGAAGCGAAGCGCGUCGGCUGCUGUUGCUUGCAGGUGCGUGGCAACUUUGAGGGAAUGGGAGAGCGCUGCGGCUGAGGGUAUCAAACCUUCGCACGCUCAUGGGUGGCCGUUGCCUUUGCUUCGUGUGUUCGACUAAAGUGAAGGCGUGCGAAGUGUUCCGCUUGGUGCUCAUGCUCUCCCAAACGGAUACAAUUCAGGCGGGGCGUGCCGGUGGAAAGUCAGCCCCGUAGGUUCUUGAAAGGGAGAACGUGAACAGUUGCCCAAGAAAGCAGCCCCGACAUGGCUGGCUGGAACCCGCGCGCAUUGGCUGCGCGCCUUCGGUGGGGGCGGCCCCUGGCUUUGCGUGUGCUUCGCUGGGGUUGGCUCUGCCUGGGGCGUAUCUAAUCCGCCCGCUGAAGUGGGGGAGGGUGGAGCGGGGUGCCGCCCUUGUAUUCUUAUAAGAAGUAUAGCGGUAUAGGAUCAUACAUAUAUAUUUUGAAGCUAUGGGUAUGGAGUAGAGCGAGGCGGGGAAUUAGCUUGCUGAUAUGCCAUACCCAUAGCCUUCUCACAACCGCAACUAUUACACAUAAAUACACACGGGGGCUCCUGCCUUACCUUUUUCCCAAAGAAAUAGUGUGGCUAUUGCUAUAGAAGAGUAAACUAAAACUACGAAGAUAAGCUCGGGUCAUUGUCGUGAGUAUAUCCUCUAACUUGACUUACUGAGGGGUCUGGAAGAUGUCCUGCUACUGGUCAGAGAAUGGAAGCGUAUGACCAUUUUCCGGCUAUAGCGCUGCAAAAGCGCAUUUUCCUACAAGGAUGGAGCCAACUUCUACAAAGUCGAUCGCUCCAGUUCGCUUUUUUCAUGUAUUUUGCAUUCAACGGCGUUUGCUGCGCGGCCGGAUCUGUCAUAGGAAAAAGACUUGAGGCGGCCGGACGCUCCAUUUUAGGUAUUUUAUACUUCUAAUUCGAUGGAUUGGGUCAAGGGUCGUGGAGCAACAGAAUGAAACUACGAUCUAUUGAUCUAUGCAUAGACUGGCUUUGAAUAAUGCAUUUCUCUUUUUACGCCGGGAAGAACAUCCCUUUUUCAUUGUGAGAUAUGCGAAGUCAUUUGUUUGAGAAAGUAAUACAUAGACUGCAUUUGCAGUCGUGCACUUUCCGCAAAAUACCGUCAGAAUGCGUGCGGAUUUGCGUAGUAUGGGUAGUCGAGAUUUUUGUCUGGUAUCUUUAAGGCCAUAAUUUUUCAGUCGAACAGACAACAUUGAACAACAUGAACAUUAUUACUAUUAGAUACAUAGAUAUAUUAUAUACUCUUGGUCUUGUGUGCCCGUCGUUGUGCAUCCGGUAUUUACAAGUGGGAAGAGGAUUAUUUUCUCGUAAAGUAUCUAUAGUCGACGCAGAUCAAGAGCAGAGUCCUCCUUUCACCUACCCCCUCCUGCUGCAUAUGUAGAAUCACAUAAAAGAAAUAAUCCAUAGAGGCUCGACCUACUAAUAUUCGUCUUACAGUGGAACUAUUGAGAGUGUAAAUCGAGAAGUUCGAUGGGACGGAUCCACCACCUUCUCUAAAACCUGCUCUACGGAUACGAUACGAUGUGGCAUCUGAAGUUCGACCUUACUCAGCAGUCGUUUUGGACCGAGAAAGCGGCCUUUCUUCUCAUGCUCACUGGUGUAUCUUUUUACUUUGGUGUUAUACCAGACAAACAGGCGAUUGCGUGGGCCAAAGAACAAGCUGAACUUAAGGCAUGAAAACUAGCUAGGUUUUCAACACAUUGCUACUAAACUUGAUGUUGAUGUGAGCUCAGUUAUUGGAUUUAGCGUAGAAUUGAAUUCUUCUCUCUGGAAAUACGUCGUGCGGAAUGAUUUCUGUUACAAACUUCACUCAGAAUCAUGAUAAUUUUUGCCGUCCCUUCUAAUAAAGGCGAAGAAGAAGUAGAAAGAAGCGCGGCAACUCCGUCAAAAUCCCCGGCAAAGCAAAAAAAGUAAAUGGUGACGUUGCAGCGUCGCAGUCUUGACGAGCUUGAAGAUGAGGUGAACGCCGCUUUGCAGAGGAGGACAACAAAAAUAGUCGAAUCAAAAGGUUCAGGUGAUUGGAUUGCAGGAGUGCAACGCAGCACUGCCGAGUUCUUGUUCUUGUAUCGACAUUAUUUCGUAAGAUUGAUUAAAUUCACGCAUCAUGAUAGCCGAGGAUGUUACAAAAUUUCGUUUGAGCUCCAUGCUUAGGCUUACCGCGCUGUCUCCUGCUCUCCUAGUUGUCCAUCAAACUCAAAGUUCGGCGAUGAAUAUUUAUCUUGAGAAUUUAGAAUGAUUUUUCUUGAAUUGUCCUCCGUUUGAUAUGAGUAAUGUGAAAGGUCGCUGAAUCGGUAAAAAGGGCGAGAGCUUCGUCUGCAUAACACUUGGCAACAACACCUGGAGCUGGAGCUGCCGAUCUCUUUCCUGUGCAGUGACACCUAAUGAGCUAUCUUGGCUGUCCUUGCGUCGCCCCCGUGAAUUGUCACGGUGAGAUAUCCGUAUCUACCUGGUUGUAGAAACGGGCUCUGGUCCUGAGUCAUUUUUCUGAAACGAUUUACAUUUUUCAAAUCAUUUCUUCGUUGUCAUUUCUCAUUCUCGUUCAAGUUAGUUUUCUGUCAUUUGGUGUUGGACUGUAGUGAAUUAGACCGAUUAGAUGAUAGACUGACACAUCCUCAGCUUAUUGAACACGCUCGGUUGUAGGAAUUUGUCAAGCUACCUAGUAUGUACGAUCUAUCAUGAGUUAAAUGUAGAAUAGAGGUGGAGGUCGUUAAAUGAUUAUUAAGAUCAUAAUAUGAAAUGUGUGGUAACAGUUUUUGAAACCCCAAUAUCAAGUUGAAGUUCUUGUGUGAAGAUCUAGAUCUUAUUUCAUUGUGACUGAUGUGAACUCAUUUUUUUGUUGGUAUCUAUAGCAUAUAACUAGGCUGAGCGCUUCCUCUGCGUGUGCUUGUCUUCGGACCGCUUCCGGAACUGUUUCAUCUCGCUGGCGGUUGAGAGGAAUCAUCUGAGAUGCACACAUGACAGCAUAUAUGUUCCAGGGGUGGAGCUGGAGGCUUCCCCCCUGUGGAUGGAGCGGCGGUGGCGUCCGCGCGCCCUUUUUUCCGCGAUGGUGACACGUAAGGACCUCCGGGCGCCAAGGCCUCGAGAGGCGGAGCCGGAGGCUCCUGGCGGCUCUCCGCGUGCGCCGACUCUUGGACCUUAUCAGGUGGACGGCCUCCGGGGGAAGAAGGCCGCCAAAGGCGGCCACGGCCGCGAGGCCUGGCCCCGUUGGCCCUCGUCCGCCACCACCAAACACCCGGGGGGUUGAGGACCAAAGGCGGGGAGGAGUGGGGGUAAGGUCUGCCCGGAUAAGGCUGGGCUCUGUCGGAUACAUGCAGCACGGCGAAAGGGGUCAAGCCUUGCCACCUGCUUCCAUCGGAGGCCUUUCACCUCCCAAGAGACUCACCCAGUGAGGAACCCGCACCCUGGAGGUCUGUAGGGUACACGAAACAAGCCAAAGGAGGCCCAGCCUUGCCACCUUUGCCACCUUCGGAAGCCUUGCGCCCCCGGCCUUCGGUGCUUCACUGGCCACAGGGAUGGGGGCUCUGUAGGGUCCAGGCAAGAAGCGGGAAGGGGUCCGGUGCGGGCUUUUGGAGGCCUUCCCGCCCGUCCGUCCCUCAGGAAAAAAGGCCAGGGGCGGGAGGCCCCCACCUCAAAAACUUAGAUCGGGGGGAGGCUUGGCCCCGGGAACAUAAAUAAGCAUUAGCAGCCAACGACCCCAACUGGUCACGAUUAUCAUGUAAGUACUUAUGUCAAACACAAGAACGAACCGCAACCGCGUCCAAUGUACUUAUGUUUUUGAAAUACUUGGGGAGCAAGAAGUUAUCAAUUCCAGGUUCUUCGGAAGAUCAUUCAGGUUCGAAGUUGCCAAUUCAGGGUGACCGCCCUGGGUGGCGUGACAGCCUAUUUAGGGCCCCUCCCCAGGCGUUCCCCUUGGUUGCGUAAAUACGGGGAUCAUAAGCUACUUGAGGAGGAACAGAUUGAGAAGAAGAAGUUGCAUUAUCCUGACAACAACGUGC